CGUUGCCAGGGAGACGAGUGACACGCACCGAGGAGAGAAAACGGGGAUCCCCAGUAGGACUCACUCACAUGAUCAUUACCCCGAGUGUGACGGCGGACAUUCGAUGUAGAAAAGGGAAAGAGGAGCAUGAGGAGCUCUGCAUAAUACAGGCACACUGAAUCCUCUGCAGUCUGUCUGAGAUACUAAACAAAAGGAUUAGGGGUUGGUAGGACAGCCUCAUCAUUCUUGAUUUUUGUAUUUCGGUUCAUGGAAAGUAGAAUACACCAGCUGUUCUAAAACAAGAUGCACACCUCUAAUGUACUAUUUAUUUGACCGUAGUUUCUGGGGUAAAAACCAAGGCACAUUCUUUAACUGUAAUAUCCAAAAGACGAAAGAACAAUUUAAAAAUGAACCGAUAUACUACCAUGAAACAGCUGGGUGAUGGCACUUAUGGAAGUGUUAUUAUGGGGAGGAGCAAUGAGUCUGGAGAACUGGUAGCUAUCAAGAGGAUGAAAAGGAAAUUUUAUUCCUGGGAAGAAUGCAUGAAUCUUCGAGAAGUAAAGUCUCUGAAGAAACUUAAUCAUGCCAAUGUGGUUAAACUUAAAGAAGUUAUCAGAGAGAAUGACCACCUCUAUUUUGUAUUUGAGUACAUGAAAGAAAAUCUUUAUCAGCUGAUGAAAGAUAGAGAAUAUAAGAUGUUCACUGAGAAUGAAAUUAGGAACAUUAUGUUCCAAGUGCUUUCAGGCUUAGCUUUUGUGCACAAACAUGGUUUUUUCCAUCGUGAUAUGAAACCUGAAAACCUUCUUUGUAUGGGCCCAGAACUUAUAAAAAUUGCAGAUUUUGGUUUAGUUAGAGAACUAAGAUCUCAGCCACCAUAUACUGAUUAUGUAUCUACCAGAUGGUACAGAGCCCCUGAAGUAUUGCUCAGAUCCUCUUCAUACAGUUCUCCAAUAGAUUUAUGGGCUGUUGGUAGCAUUAUGGCUGAACUGUAUACUCUAAGACCUCUCUUUCCAGGGACAAGUGAGGUUGAUCAGAUCUUCAAAAUCUGCCAAGUUUUAGGAACCCCAAAAAAGAAUGACUGGCCUGAAGGGUAUCAGCUUGCAGCGUCAAUGAAUUUCCGCUUCCCUCAGUGUAUUCCUAUAAAUCUGAAGACACUCAUACCCAAUGCUAGUGAAGAUGCUUUAAAUCUAAUGAGGGACACAAUGCAGUGGGACCCAAAAAAGAGACCAACAGCCAGUCAGGCUUUAAGGCACCCAUAUUUUCAAGUUGGACAAGCAUUGGGGCCUCCAACUCAGUAUGCCGAGCAUAAAAAGACUUUGAACAAAGCACUGCAACCUAAAGAACCUCAGCCAAUGUAUGUCACAAAAAUGCAGUCUUCGUCAACAUCUGAAAGAUCAGAAAAAACAUCACCUGAUACACCACCUGCAACCAACCGGCCUCUGCAGCAGAUCCAAGUUCCACAGAGUACAGGUGAUACUCAGCUGCCAUCCAAAACUCAGCAAGUCACUCUUCCAAGCAUCAGCAAAACUAUUUCUCCGAAGCUUGUAGCCAAUGGACCCCAGACCAGUGCUGUCAGCAUUAAACAUGGACGGCGACGCUGGGGUCAGUCUGUUGUUAAGGAUAGCUGGGAUGAAAUUGAUACAGAUUUUGGAAUUUCAUAUUCAAAGAAGCCGUCAAUGGCUCUAGCAAAGGAAAACAAACCUGAGGAUUCAUUAUUUGGUUUGCCAGAUUCCAUUUCCAUCGGUGAGGAAAACAAAGGUUCUUCACUUGCUGGCACGAAGAGAAUAGACACAAGUCAAACAACUUCAGCUAAGCAGCACUAUCUCAGGCAAUCCCGAUAUUUACCAGGCAUGAACCCCAAAAAUGCAGGGCUCAUUUCUGCUAAUAAAGAUGGAAAGCAUGCCACAUGGAACAGUGCCCUAACAACGAAACCACUAGGCCCCAUUGGAGGAGGCAUUGGUUACAAUAGAACUAAUGGAGGCAUUUUAGGAGGUUUUGUAGGUCCUUCCUACAACUCAACUGUAGCAUACAUCCCUUCAUUUAACAAGAAGGAAGUUGGAUCAGCAGGACAGAGACUACAGUUGGCACCCAUUGGAGCAGCAACAACUGCACCCGUUAUCAGUGAUGCUAUGAAUGGUAAACUAAAACUUACCAAGCCAAAAUCUACCACACAAAGAAUCUUACCUGAUAACACUGCAGAUUAUGAUGCUUGGAAACCAAAAGCUGUACGCUCUCAGAUGCCAGCUCCACCUUUCAAGCCAGCUGCUGGAAAUCUAUCUAUAUUAAACCGCCCUCAACCACUGCAGCCAGUCCAUGGAAGGACAGAUUGGGCAGCCAAAUAUGGAGGCCAUCGUUAGGAGCUGAUGGAUUUUUAAAUUCCAAGAACUUUUCCCAGCAUCCUGUGGCUGUUUUUCAUUAAAAAUGAGCUUUGUGCAAAUCUACCUUUUGAAAGUUACUUUACGGCGUACAUGUACAGCAUACAUGCCGAUAUGAAAAUUAAAUCUCUGCUCUAGAAGGGAGAAAUAACCUGUUUAAUAAUAGAAUGUAUUUGAUUUUUUUUUUUUCUGAAAUGGAUAGUAAACCUAUGAGCAUUGCUUCUAAUGCAAAAUUGAACAUACAGUGCCCCCACUUAUUAUUUUCAUGUGCACACAUUAUUAGCCUUUCUUAAAUUAAAGCAGAUAUUAGCAAUAUUGCACAAUGAAAGUGAAAUGGUUGGCAAGCUUAUUGUUUACAGAGAAAAUUUAAGUUUACCUUAGGCAGAGCAAACACUAUGGCAGCUUGCAUAUAUAUGUAUGUAUAUGCAUAGAAAGUAUGUUCUGUACACACAGACUAUUAGCUGCAUACAGUCAAUUUAAUGAAAAAUGAGGGCCAAAACAUCCCUAAAACUGGUUGUAACUAGAUGAUGUACACCUUACCUACAUUACAUCACAAUAUUGAUACAUAAUCAAGGGUGGGUAGCAUCUAUUGAUGCCAUGCAGUGGAUCUAUGUAUAUAAAUAUUCAUAUGAUAAUCUGUCAAUCCUUGAGUGGUUGCUGUGUGCAAGUCCCUUUAUACGAGAUUGGUCUAAUCAGGGUAAGCAGCCAUCAUUUUCUACUAUAUUUACAUUUUAUGCUUAAUAUUAUUUUUAGAGUUAAACUACUAUAUAUUAUGCUGGGUUUAAUAUUUGUUUGACCAGUGAUCAGAUGACCCUGUGUAUGCAACCAAUUUCAGUGUAUAUGUUUUCCACUCGUCCAAUGGAAUAGUUGCCAGAUAAUGAAUCUGUGCAAUUUGACCUACUACUUGUGAAUUAACUUAGCUGCUUAUAGGGCAGUGUGGAUGUGGCUAUGUAGGCCACCAUUAUACUUACAGAAUAGUGAGAAAUUCACUGGAUCCUAGCAGGCUAUUCUCAUGGAGUCAAAAACAGUUGCAAGCAGGUUUUUUAAACAGUCAUGUAAUGGAAGAGAAGUUUUAUUGAGUCCCACAUAAAAACUGCAUUAAAUGUAACAUACUGCUCAUUAUUCUCAUACCGAUGGGGUGUUAUAGCUCUGCGCUACCACUAAACUCAAACACCUGAAAAUAACUUAAGUCAGCUUCACAAAGCAGGCUGAUCAAUUCAAAUGAAUUGGAAUCAUGUAAAAAAAAAAAAUAAAUAAAUCUUUGAUAAAUGUGCCAUUCCCGUCAAUAAACUUUUCUUGCUAUUUGGCAAAAUUAUCAUCAGUCAAGAAAUGUUGAAAACUAUACGAUUCAACCUGCUGAGAAUCCAUCAGGGAAUUUUUUUUUUUAAUCUGCCCCUAGGUAUUUGAAAUAAAAUAACUUAAAAUAGCAUUGCAGUGGGAUAUACAGUAAGUACUUGUAAUACAUGCAUCUUUAUGUUGUACUCAGGUAUUUGGGACAAAAGUUAAUCUAGUGGGCAGAUAUGUUAUUUUAAAAUGCUUACUGUGAAAUGGUAGUAGCAUAAUACUUGAUGUGUCAACAGGGUAGUUCUAAGGCAGUCACUAUGGGCAAGCUUUCCAUUAAGGAGCCCCCUAUUAUUUAUUAACUGUACUACCUUGCACAUUUCCCUAAAGUAUGUCAUGGCUAUUAAUACCCAUUUCAGUAUUGUAUCCCUAAUUAUAGAUGCAUGCUGUGAAAUUGUUUUACUCCACAAUUACUCCUUUUUGAACUUGUUAUGCCACAUAAUGCCAAUAGAUAACAGGGUUUAUAUAAAAGAUGUGCGGAAAAAAAAUCACCUAACAUUUGCAAACUGCCACUCUGCCAGAACACUGGAAGAUGAUGGCAUUUUUGGCAGGCCUCGUGCUUGAUCUUUGCAGAGCUAGAAAUUGUAAAAAUCGACAGUUCUGGCCCAAUGGUAAUCAGCUUCAUCUAUAUUUUACAAUCCCUGGCGUUUAAUGAGUUAAGCAUCAAGUCCUCACAUUGCUUUUAGCAUUUCUAGCAAAGUGAUAUAGAUAUAUAGAUAUAUAUUAAAAUCCCUAUUAUUACUUGUCUCUAAUAUAAUGCUAUAAUGAACAAAUUUCUGCACUUUAUGAAGUAGACAUAUAACAAACUGAUCCAUGUUUACUGUAGAAAAAUCAAUAUUUAUUUACACCAAUGCAUUGAACAGUGUGGACUACUUAAAUAAUAUCAUGCUGUGAAAGGGGCAUAUAGGGCCUAGUUUAAUCACAGGUUAAAGGAGAAUUCAACCCUUUAAGAAAAAAACCCGUACUCCCCACCCCAUGGAGACCCCCCCCUCCCUCCUCCCCCCAGCCUAACUGCCCCCAGGAAAUGCCCCAUACUUUAUACUUACCCCUUGGCGCAGAUUCUGGCAUCGGAGUUCCACACAGCCAUCUUCCGGCAAAUUGGCAAAGAAGCCAUGAAGACCCAGAAGAUGGCUGCUACGAGGGGUAAGUAUAAAGUGUGGGGCAUUUCCUGGGGGGUACGGGUUUUUUCUUAAAGGGUUAAAUUCUCCUUUAAGGAUUAAAUAAAAAUGGUGUUAUAAAGACUGGAUCAUUAAAGGAGUACUACACCCCCAUUUCACAUGAGUUUGGUGGAUAGGGCUUGUGCUGAAUAUACAAUUGUUUUUAUCAUGAAAAAUCGAUGGUUAUUGUUAUUUCUUGAGCUAAACAGGGCAAAUAAAGUUACUCUAUGUUUGGUCAAGGUAGAUAGUUAGAUUUGCAGUGCACAGAUAAUCCCCCUACAUAAUAGACUCCUGCUUAUCUCUUAGCCAAAACAGUUGCAACAUGAAGUGAAAGGGGAAGGUUGUGUACUGGUAAUAUAUCUGCCUCACAAGGACCAAACAUGGAGUAGCUUUAGGUUCCCUGCUUGGCCAGUCAAGAUUUAACAAUUAAGUAAAUUAGUAGACAAAAUGUAUGCAAGCCCUAUUAAUUGCACUCAUUUUGACCAUGGGUAUACUGCCCCUUUAAUUAACCUAUUUGUAUGUCAAGUAGGAUGGAAGUGCACACAAGAGCCCUGUGGGUCUGGGAGCUUGGGAUAUUCCUGCCGGUUUUAACAUUGAACUCUUGUAUUUUUAAUGAAAAUGUACAUUUUUUUCUCUUGACACCUUUAUGUUUAUAAUAUAAAGCUGUUAAAAUAUAUAUUUCUAAAUCGCUCAGAGCUUUUUAAUAAAAAUAGUUUACUGUGUAAAAAGUUUCAUAUGGUUACACCUAAAAAUUGUUUCCUCGACCAUAA